GAAAGUGUGAGAGGUCUGAGACACAAAGGGGGGAGACCCCUCAACACAGGGGCAGCUCUUCAACACGUCAAAGACAAUGUCUUUACUGCCUCCUCUGGCAGCAGACGACUGGAGGGUGUGCCGCAAAUAUUGAUUCUCCUAAGUGGGGGAAGGUCAUAUGACAAUGUUGACGCAGCAGCAUCCUCUCUGAAGGAAAUUGGAGUCUUGACCUUCGGAAUAGGAUCGAGGGGCUCUGAUAGCAGGGAAUUGCAGAGAAUUUCAAAUGACCCCAAUUAUGCUAUAUCUGUGUCUGACUUUAGUGAGCUUCCAAAUGUCCAAGAGCAGUUGCUGGCCUCCGUACACACGGUUGCAGUACCCAUUGCUACAACGUCACCAACUGGUAUGUGCAUGACAAACAUUUACGUGCUGUGCCUUUUCUGUCUAGAUGUGAAAUCGCUGAGUAGUUGUGGGCUGUGGGAUAAUCACCAACCGCUUAGAUAGUCAAUGAACAGUGUGAAAUUCUGAAGGUGUAUGAACAUUGUCAAAAUGACAAAAGAUUUUUGAAUGUUAAGGAAAUAGCUUUGUGUUAAUGAUGCUUUUUUCUUUAGCUGAUUACACCGUGCCCAGAAAGGACGUAGUUUUUCUGCUCGAUGGUUCAGAUGGCACUAGGAGUUCUUUUCCAGCAAUGCGUGACUUUGUGCAAAGAGUAAUGGAGAAAUUAAACAUGGAGGAGAACAGAGACCGAGUUUCAGUGGUUCAGUACAGUCGAGACCCAGAGGUCCAUUUCCAUUUAAAUGCAUACACAACGAAGGAAGACGUUUUAGACAGUGUGAGAGGUCUGAGACACAAAGGGGGUAGGCCCCUUAACACAGGGGCAGCUCUCCAGUACGUCAAAGACAAUGUCUUUACUGCCUCUUCUGGCAGCAGACAACUGGAGGGUGUGCCGCAAGUGCUGAUUUUGCUAAGUGGGGGAAGGUCAUAUGACAAUGUUGACGCAGCAGCAUCCUCUCUGAAGGAAAUUGGAGUCUUGACCUUCGGAAUAGGAUCGAGGGGCUCUGAUAGCAGGGAAUUGCAGAGAAUUUCAAAUGACCCCAAGUAUGCUAUAUCUGUGUCUGACUUUAGUGAGCUUCCAAAUGUCCAACAGCAAUUGCUGGCCUCCGUAGAGACGGUUGCAAUACCCAUUACUACAACGUCACCAACUGUUACCGCUGACUACACAACACCCAAAAAGGACGUCGUUUUUCUGUUGGAUGGUUCAGAUGGCACUAGGAAUUCUUUCCCAGCAAUGCGUGAAUUUGUACAAAGAGUAGUGGAGAAAUUAAACAUAGCGGAAAACAGAGACAGAGUUUCUGUGGUGCAGUACAGUCGAGAACCAGAGGUCAAUUUCUAUUUAAAUGCCUACACAACAAAGGAAGACGUUUUAGACAGUGUGAGAGGUCUGAGACACAAAGGAGGGAGGCCCCUCAACACAGGGGCAGCUCUCCAGUACCUCAAAGACAAUGUCUUUACUGCCUCCUCUGGCAGCAGACGACUGGAGGGUGUGCCGCAAAUAUUGAUUCUCCUAAGUGGGGGAAGGUCAUAUGACAAUGUUGACGCAGCAGCAUCCUCUCUGAAGGAAAUUGGAGUCUUGACCUUCGGAAUAGGAUCGAGGGGCUCUGAUAGCAGGGAAUUGCAGAGAAUUUCAAAUGACCCCAAGAAUGCUAUAGCUGUGUCUGACUUUAGUGAGCUUCCAAAUGUCCAAGAGCAGUUGCUGGCCUCCGUAGAGACGGUUGCAAUACCCAUUACUACAACGUCACCAACUGUUACCGCUGACUACACAACACCCAAAAAAGACGUCGUUUUUCUGUUGGACGGUUCAGAUGGCACUAGGAAUUCUUUCCGAGCAAUGUGUGACUUUGUGCAAAGAGUAAUGGAGAAAUUAAACAUAGCGGAAAACAGAGACCGAGUUUCUGUGGUGCAGUACAGUCGAGAAGCAGAGGUCAAAUUCUAUUUAAAUGCAUACACAACGAAGGAAGACGUUUUAGACAGUGUGAGAGGUCUGAGACACAAAGGGGGGAGACCCCUCAACACAGGGGCAGCUCUUCAACACGUCAAAGACCGUGUCUUUACUGCCUCCUCUGGCAGCAGACGACUUGAGGGUGUGCCGCAAAUAUUGAUUCUCCUAAGUGGGGGAAGGUCAUAUGACAAUGUUGACGCAGCAGCAUCCUCUCUGAAGGAAAUUGGAGUUUUGACAUUCGGAAUAGGAUCGAGGGGCUCUGAUAGCGGGGAAUUGCAGAGAAUUUCAAAUGACCCCAAGUAUGCUAUAUCUGUGUCUGACUUUAGUGAGCUUCCAAAUGUCCAAGAGCAGUUGCUGGCCUCCAUACACACGGUUGCAGUACCCUUUGCUACAACGUCACCAACUGCUGACUACACAACACCCAAAAAGGACGUAGUUUUUCUGUUGGAUGGUUCAGAUGGCACUAGGAGUUCUUUCCCAGCAAUGCGUGACUUUGUGCAAAGAGUAAUGGAGAAAUUAAACAUAGAGGAAAACAGAGACCGAGUUUCUGUGGUUCAGUACAGUCGAGACCCAGAUGUCCAUUUCCAUUUAAAUGCAUACACAACGAAGGAAGACGUUUUAGAAAGUGUGAGAGGUCUGAGACACAAAGGGGGGAGACCCCUCAACACAGGGGCAGCUCUUCAACACGUCAAAGACAAUGUCUUUACUGCCUCCUCUGGCAGCAGACGACUGGAGGGUGUGCCGCAAAUAUUGAUUCUCCUAAGUGGGGGAAGGUCAUAUGACAAUGUUGACGCAGCAGCAUCCUCUCUGAAGGAAAUUGGAGUCUUGACCUUCGGAAUAGGAUCGAGGGGCUCUGAUAGCAGGGAAUUGCAGAGAAUUUCAAAUGACCCCAAUUAUGCUAUAUCUGUGUCUGACUUUAGUGAGCUUCCAAAUGUCCAAGAGCAGUUGCUGGCCUCCGUACACACGGUUGCAGUACCCAUUGCUACAACGUCACCAACUGCUGAUUACACCGUGCCCAGAAAGGACGUAGUUUUUCUGCUUGACGGUUCAGAUGGCACUAGGAGUUCUUUUCCAGCAAUGCGUGACUUUGUGCAAAGAGUAAUGGAGAAAUUAAACAUAGAGGAGAACAGAGACCGAGUUUCUGUGGUUCAGUACAGUCGAGACCCAGAGGUCCAUUUCCAUUUAAAUGCAUACACAACGAAGGAAGACGUUUUAGACAGUGUGAGAGGUCUGAGACACAAAGGGGGGAGGCCCCUCAACACAGGGGCAGCUCUUCAACACGUUAAAGACAAUGUCUUUACUGCCUCUUCUGGCAGCAGACGACUGGAGGGUGUGCCGCAAGUGCUGAUUUUGCUAAGUGGGGGAAGGUCAUAUGACAAUGUUGACGCAGCAGCAUCCUCUCUGAAGGAAAUUGGAGUCUUGACCUUCGGAAUAGGAUCGAGGGGCUCUGAUAGCAGGGAAUUGCAGAGAAUUUCAAAUGACCCCAAGUAUGCUAUAUCUGUGUCUGACUUUAGUGAGCUUCCAAAUGUCCAACAGCAAUUGCUGGCCUCCGUAGAGACGGUUGCAAUACCCAUUACUACAACGUCACCAACUGUUACCGCUGACUACACAACACCCAAAAAGGACGUCGUUUUUCUGUUGGAUGGUUCAGAUGGCACUAGGAAUUCUUUCCCAGCAAUGCGUGAAUUUGUACAAAGAGUAGUGGAGGAAAUAAACAUAGCGGAAAACAGAGACCGAGUUUCUGUGGUGCAGUACAGUCGAGAACCAGAGGUCAAUUUCUAUUUAAAUGCCUACACAACAAAGGAAGACGUUUUAGACAGUGUGAGAGGUCUGAUACACAAAGGAGGGAGGCCCCUCAACACAGGGGCAGCUCUCCAGUACCUCAAAGACAAUGUCUUUACUGCCUCCUCUGGCAGCAGACGACUGGAGGGUGUGCCGCAAAUAUUGAUUCUCCUAAGUGGGGGAAGGUCAUAUGACAAUGUUGACACAGCAGCAUCCUCUCUGAAGGAAAUUGGAGUUUUGACAUUCGGAAUAGGAUCGAGGGGCUCUGAUAGCGGGGAAUUGCAGAGAAUUUCAAAUGACCCCAAGUAUGCUGUAUCUGUGUCUGACUUUAGUGAGCUUCCAAAUGUCCAAGAGCAGUUGCUGGCCUCAGUACACAUGGUUGCAGUACCCAUUGCUACAACGUCACCAACUGCUGAUUACACCGUGCCCAGAAAGGACGUCGUUUUUCUGCUCGACGGUUCAGAUGGCACUAGGAGUUCUUUCCCAGCAAUGCUUGACUUUGUGCAAAGAGUAAUGGAGAAAUUAAACAUAGAGGAAAACAAAGAUCGAGUUUCUGUGGUUCAGUACAGUCGAGACCCAGAGGUCCAUUUCCAUUUAAAUGCAUACACAACGAAGGAAGACGUUUUAGACAGUGUGAGAGGUCUGAAACACAAAGGGGGGAGGCCCCUCAACACAGGGGCAGCUCUUCAACACGUUAAAGACAAUGUCUUUACUGCCUCUUCUGGCAGCAGACGGCUGGAGGGUGUGCCGCAAGUGCUGAUUUUGCUAAGCGGGGGAAGGUCAUAUGACAAUGUUGACGCAGCAGCAUCCUCUCUGAAGGAAAUUGGAGUCUUGACCUUCGGAAUAGGAUCGAGGGGCUCUGAUAGCAGGGAAUUGCAGAGAAUUUCAAAUGACCCCAAGAAUGCUAUAUCUGUGUCUGACUUUAGUGAGCUUCCAAAUGUCCAAGAGCAGUUGCUGGCCUCCGUAGAGACGGUUGCAAUACCCAUUACUACAACGUCACCAACUGUUACCGCUGACUACACAACACCCAAAAAAGACGUCGUUUUUCUGUUGGACGGUUCAGAUGGCACUAGGAAUUCUUUCCGAGCAAUGUGUGACUUUGUACAAAGAGUAGUGGAGAAAUUAAACAUAGCGGAAAACAGAGACCGAGUUUCUGUGGUGCAGUACAGUCGAGAAGCAGAGGUCAAAUUCUAUUUAAAUGCAUACACAACGAAGGAAGACGUUUUAGACAGUGUGAGAGGUCUGAGACACAAAGGGGGGAGACCCCUCAACACAGGGGCAGCUCUUCAACACGUCAAAGACCGUGUCUUUACUGUCUCCUCUGGCAGCAGACGACUGGAGGGUGUGCCGCAAAUAUUGAUUCUCCUAAGUGGGGGAAGGUCAUAUGACAAUGUUGACGCAGCAGCAUCCUCUCUGAAGGAAAUUGGAGUUUUGACAUUCGGAAUAGGAUCGAGGGGCUCUGAUAGCGGGGAAUUGCAGAGAAUUUCAAAUGACCCCAAGUAUGCUAUAUCUGUGUCUGACUUUAGUGAGCUUCCAAAUGUCCAAGAGCAGUUGCUGGCCUCCAUACACACGGUUGCAGUACCCUUUGCUACAACGUCACCAACUGCUGACUACACAACACCCAAAAAGGACGUAGUUUUUCUGUUGGAUGGUUCAGAUGGCACUAGCAGUUCUUUCCCAGCAAUGCGUGACUUUGUGCAAAGAGUAAUGGAGAAAUUAAACAUAGAGGAAAACAGAGACCGAGUUUCUGUGGUUCAGUACAGUCGAGACCCAGAUGUCCAUUUCCAUUUAAAUGCAUACACAACGAAGGAAGACGUUUUAGAAAGUGUGAGAGGUCUGAGACACAAAGGGGGGAGACCCCUCAACACAGGGGCAGCUCUUCAACACGUCAAAGACAAUGUCUUUACUGCCUCCUCUGGCAGCAGACGACUGGAGGGUGUGCCGCAAAUAUUGAUUCUCCUAAGUGGGGGAAGGUCAUAUGACAAUGUUGACGCAGCAGCAUCCUCUCUGAAGGAAAUUGGAGUCUUGACCUUCGGAAUAGGAUCGAGGGGCUCUGAUAGCAGGGAAUUGCAGAGAAUUUCAAAUGACCCCAAUUAUGCUAUAUCUGUGUCUGACUUUAGUGAGCUUCCAAAUGUCCAAGAGCAGUUGCUGGCCUCCGUACACACGGUUGCAGUACCCAUUGCUACAACGUCACCAACUGCUGAUUACACCGUGCCCAGAAAGGACGUAGUUUUUCUGCUCGACGGUUCAGAUGGCACUAGGAGUUCUUUUCCAGCAAUGCGUGACUUUGUGCAAAGAGUAAUGGAGAAAUUAAACAUAGAGGAGAACAGAGACCGAGUUUCUGUGGUUCAGUACAGUCGAGACCCAGAGGUCCAUUUCCAUUUAAAUGCAUACACAACGAAGGAAGACGUUUUAGACAGUGUGAGAGGUCUGAGACACAAAGGGGGGAGGCCCCUCAACACAGGGGCAGCUCUUCAACACGUUAAAGACAAUGUCUUUACUGCCUCUUCUGGCAGCAGACGACUGGAGGGUGUGCCGCAAGUGCUGAUUUUGCUAAGUGGGGGAAGGUCAUAUGACAAUGUUGACGCAGCAGCAUCCUCUCUGAAGGAAAUUGGAGUCUUGACCUUCGGAAUAGGAUCGAGGGGCUCUGAUAGCAGGGAAUUGCAGAGAAUUUCAAAUGACCCCAAGUAUGCUAUAUCUGUGUCUGACUUUAGUGAGCUUCCAAAUGUCCAACAGCAAUUGCUGGCCUCCGUAGAGACGGUUGCAAUACCCAUUACUACAACGUCACCAACUGUUACCGCUGACUACACAACACCCAAAAAGGACGUCGUUUUUCUGUUGGAUGGUUCAGAUGGCACUAGGAAUUCUUUCCCAGCAAUGCGUGAAUUUGUACAAAGAGUAGUGGAGGAAUUAAACAUAGCGGAAAACAGAGACCGAGUUUCUGUGGUGCAGUACAGUCGAGAACCAGAGGUCAAUUUCUAUUUAAAUGCCUACACAACAAAGGAAGACGUUUUAGACAGUGUGAGAGGUCUGAGACACAAAGGAGGGAGGCCCCUCAACACAGGGGCAGCUCUUCAACACGUUAAAGACAAUGUCUUUACUGCCUCUUCUGGCAGCAGACGGCUGGAGGGUGUGCCGCAAGUGCUGAUUUUGCUAAGCGGGGGAAGGUCAUAUGACAAUGUUGACGCAGCAGCAUCCUCUCUGAAGGAAAUUGGAGUCUUGACCUUCGGAAUAGGAUCGAGGGGCUCUGAUAGCAGGGAAUUGCAGAGAAUUUCAAAUGACCCCAAGUAUGCUAUAUCUGUGUCUGACUUUAGUGAGCUUCCAAAUGUCCAAGAGCAGUUGCUGGCCUCCGUAGAGACGGUUGCAAUACCCAUUACUACAACGUCACCAACUGUUACCGGUAUGUGCAUUGCAAAAAAUUUCGCUCAGUGGCUUUUUGUCUAUUUUUUAAAUUGCUGAGUAGUUGUGGGCAGUGGGAUGAUCACCAACAGCUUAGAUAGUGAAUGAACAGUUUGAAAUUCUGAACGUGUAUGAACACUGUCAAAAUGACUUUGUGUUGUUGAAGCUGUGUUUUGUUUUUUUCCCAUAGCUGACUACACAACACCCAAAAAAGACGUCGUUUUUCUGUUGGACGGUUCAGAUGGCACUAGGAAUUCUUUCCGAGCAAUGUGUGACUUUGUACAAAGAGUAGUGGAGAAAUUAAACAUAGCGGAAAACAGAGACCGAGUUUCUGUGGUGCAGUACAGUCGAGAAGCAGAGGUCAAA